UGAAUAGAGGAAGCAGCCUGAGGCAUGAGUGGAGGGGCGUUUCAGCAAGAACAUCAAAGGCACACAUUUCAACAUUUAUGGUACAUCGUUAUUUCAGCAACAGCAAAAAAAAAGAACUUUUAGCUCUUGCUUCCCCAACACACUAUCACAGGAAGCAACUGAGGCUGGAGCUGCACCCUGGCAAUGGACAGGGAGUUUGUCCCUUGGCUCUGGACACUUGACAAGUAAGGAGUGGAGGAGAAUAAGGAAACGACCUUCGCCAUCUUUGUUAGGGGCAAGGAUUCCCCCCCCCCCCGGACCAGGAACCUGGGCAGCGCAGCGCCUAAGAAAUGCUUUCUGCAAAUCGUGGAUGUGACAAAUUUGUUUGUGAGGGGAUUAAAACGUGGGCUCGCAGACUGGAAACUCCGACCAAAGCAUCUCAUCACUGGAUUUAAUCAAAAUCAGGGAUAUUAUCCACCUUUGAAUGGUUGUGAUUCAAAUUCAAAUAAGCCAUAGGAUCUGACGAGUUAGAGUUAACAGUGGGGCAGUCAUGGCCUGUAAGAACAACAAGAUAUUUGAUGGGAAGGAUUUCCGUCAGAGAUGGAUUUGAAUCUCAUUGGCCUUUGGGUGCGAAAGGAGAAAUGUUUGUAUAUUCCGUCUGCAAGAAAGAUGUCAAGCAUCGGGUUUAACUGGAAAAGCACAGAGACAGACAGACACUAUCGACACAGUAUGUUCCGAUGAACUGACUUGGGUCAAAGUUUGAAAUGGUUACACAGACUGCAAAAAGCUCUCACACUGAUCACAGCAGGGAUAAACUGUACGUGUGUUUUCUGUGUGUGAGUCUCCACCCAAUCAUCCAACCUUUGGAAUCACAAUAGCAGCCACAUCAUGGAGAAACCAUUGGAAUGUGAGGACUGUGGGAAGAGAUUCAGAUGCCAGUCUGAACUGCAAGUUCACCAACGCAACCACACCGGGGAGAAACCAUUCACCUGCUCAGUGUGUGGAAAGGGGUUCACUGCCUCAUCCAAACUGGGGAUACAUCAGCAAGUUCACUCUGACGAGAGGCCAUUUAAAUGCACAGAGUGUGGGAAGCAGUUUAAAAGUGCGAGGUUACUGAUGUGUCAUAAGACUGUCCACACCAGCGAGAGACCGUUCAGCUGCUCUGACUGUGAGAUGCGCUUCAAGUGCUCAUCGAACCUGAGCAGACACCGGCGGGUUCACACUGGGGAGAGGCCAUUCACCUGCAACACGUGUGGGAUAGGAUUCCCUCGGUCAUCUCACCUGCUGAAACACCAGCAAGUUCACACCAAGCAGAGACCAUUUACGUGUUCAAGUUGUAAGAAGAGUUUCAAAACUGACAACGGGCUCGAGCUCCAUCAGCUGACUCAUGCCAAGAAGAGACCAUUCAUCUGCUCAGCGUGUGGGAAGGGGUUUACUCAGUCAACCCAUCUGCUCACACACCAGCGGGUUCACAGUGACGAGAGACCUUUUAAAUGCCCAGACUGUGGGAAGUGCUAUAAAAGUGCCGGAGACCUCAUGUGCCAUCAACGCAUUCACACUGAGGAGAAACCAUUCAGGUGCUCCCGCUGUGGGACUGGGUACAAGAGAUCAGGUCACCUGCACAAACACCAGCAACUUCACACUGGGGAAUGACCGUUUAGCUGCUCUGAGGGCCUGCCUUGUCUAUGCAACCUGUGGUCACACAAGGACCUUCCUGAUGUUGUGAGACACUUUUAUAAAUGUUCUCAAUGUGAGAGGAGUUUUAAAAGCAAGCAGACUUUGCUGAGACACCCGGGAGUUCACACUGACGAGAGACUCUUGAAAAGCCUAGUCUGUGGGAAAUGCUUUAAGAUGUCCUGUGACCUGAUGCCACAUCAAUGUUUUUGCGUUGAGAAGGAACCAUCCAAGUGUUCUUGCUGUGAGACUGGCUUCAAACGCUAAUCUGACUGAAUGAGGCACCGGCGAGUUGGCACUCUGCAGGGCUUGGAUUGGGGGUCAUUGCUGCAGUUAAUUAAAUUCAGGACUGAAGGUGUGGGUUUGUUCUGCUGGAUGGAUGGAACAUCUCCCAAAUACACUCCCAUGGUUCCAGCUGGUGUCCACCAUGCUGGGUCUGUAGCAGAGCAGGAGCAAUAAUGUGAUGCUGGUGCGGGAGAGGCAUGCUGGCUAAAAGGAUACAGGGAAGUGUGAACUUCACUCCGUGUAGUCCCACUUCUCCUCUUUCAGCCCCCAAUCCCAGGCCGUGCCUCCACCCUGUGACAUACCACACAGUUCACUACUUGCUGUGUCCAGUCCCCACACCGGUACCAGUUGGAGCAGUCUUUAGUCCUCACAGUCUCUGAAAGCCAGGGAGUGCAGACCAUAAGCAUUGGAUCACGGAUUUGAGCAGCCAACCUCUACCUCCACGCAGGACAUACCAGGUGAAAGUAACAGGGAAGGUUUGUGCGAGAAAUUGGGGCUUGAUAAAGUUUCCCUUUUAAAUAGUGACACGCCAAGAGUUUGGGAUCUUUGUCCAUUCUCACGUUCUGAGGCCCUGCUCGCUCUUUCACUGGUUUCAUGCUGUAAAAUUGGUAAUUGUUUUUUUUGAUCAACCUGUUUGGGCACAUCCUAACACACCAGCAGAAUUUCAACUCUGAUCUUCUGGUUCCAAGGUAGGGACAGUUCCUCUGCACCACCAGAGCCUUUUGGCUUGCUGGAAGAUUUAUGAGGUCACUAAAAGGAUGGAAAUCACUAUUUAACUUGAUGCUUGGCUGUUUCCACUUAACUUCAUCAGCAAUGCACCUUUGUAUCUUCGAGCGGGAAAACUUAUAAAAUAAGGAACUGUACAGGAACAGUACGAAGGUCAGGCAUCCUGGGAGUUUGUCAAGUUUGCAAAAACUUCCUGCAGGUCAAAGUUAACAUAAAUGUGGAACUGUUUGUGAAAGCUCACACCGAGAUGUCAGUGGAAGGAAUGAGAACAAGGUGUAGCAGCCUUGAUUUGAGGAAAACAGGAUAACAGUGAAUGUGCAGACCAUUGCAUGAUUCAGGGAGGUGAAAAAUCACUGAGAACCAGGAUAAAAUAGAGCCUCCUUGAAAAAGACUGUUCUGCAUACAAGAAGUAGAAUUCCUGAUUUCUGUUUUCUUUUAAAAAAUAAUCUGCAAGUACAUUCUGACUGUAUCACUGAAACCUGGAGUAUUUGAACUUUUUACAAGUCAGUCUCCAUGAUUGACAUUUUGACUGACAUCUGAAAAGGCAGGAAAUAGACAGAUAUAGACUGUGGAGAGGCAACAGGUUUGUACUUUCGGAAGGCAUCAUGAGUCGGCACAGGUUUGGUGAGCAGAAUGGCCUGUUGCUGUUCUGUACUGGGUUUUCUUUGUUAUGAGCACCAAGGACUCACCUGGUCCUCACUUUUUGUCACACCAAUAAACACCCAUUUGACAGGAUAUUUGUCCAUGGAAUAGUGUUUCUCUGGGACCAGGUCAAACUGGUCCUAACAUUCCGAUUUGGGCCACAUAGAUGAAGAGCCAUUAUCGAAUGCCUUUCAUCCCAAUUUUAAGUACUCCACCAUUCAUAGCGAUACUGUCAGCUACAUGGAGCCCAAGAUCUGGGAUGUCCACCUUUUCUAUUCACUUUCCUCCUUUUUUGCAUUCCUUAACACCCACGUCCUUAUCUAAGAUUUUAGUAACCUGACCUGAUAUGUCCUCUGGAAUCUGUGGAACCCCUAGGACACUUUACUACAUGAAGAUCUCUGUAGAAAUGUAAGUUGUGUCAUUCAGUCCAAGCUGAUCCCUGAGCGAGUGGAGUCUGUAGAAAUGUCACUUGGUCACAGCUUGUUCGAACAGACCUGGGGAGGAGAGGUUCUGAACUCGCCACUGGACAUCCUGUUCCCCAGAAGAGUGAGAAGAUGAUUCUUCCCGCACAUUUGAUAUUACUAAUUAAAGUAACUAAAGAUGAUUUAUUGUGUCUGAGAUGCAUUAUUUGUUUGAAUUGGAAAUAUAGGCUGACAAGUGAUAAGCAGUGUUCCCAAAUAUCUUUAUU